CUGGGUAGGGCGCAGAGCGCCGGGACUGCGCCGCCGCUCGGGCUCCUGCUGCUCCGCGGGGCUCGGCGCGCGAAUUCCGGGCAGACCCAGCAUGGCGGUGGAGGAAGAGGGGCUCCGGGUCUUCCAGAGCGUGAAGAUCAAGAUCGGUGAAGCCAAAAAUCUUCCCACUUACCCGGGGCCAAACAAGAUGCGAGAUUGUUAUUGCACCGUGAACCUAGACCAGGAGGAGGUUUUCAGGACCAAAAUCGUGGAGAAAUCACUCUGCCCCUUCUACGGAGAGGACUUCUACUGCGAGAUUCCGCGGAGUUUCCGUCACCUGUCCUUUUACAUUUUCGAUAGAGACGUUUUCCGGAGGGAUUCAAUCAUAGGGAAGGUGGCCAUCCGGAAGGAAGACCUGCAGAAGUACCACAACCGGGACACGUGGUUCCAGCUGCAGCACGUGGACGCCGACUCCGAGGUGCAGGGCAAGGUCCACCUGGAGCUGAGGCUGAGUGAGGUCAUCACCGACUCGGGUGUCGUCUGCCACAAGCUGGCCACGCGCAUCCUCGAGUGCCAGGGCCUCCCCAUCGUGAACGGACAGUGUGACCCCUAUGCCACGGUGACCCUGGCGGGACCGUGCAGGUCGGAAGCAAAGAAGACAAAAGUGAAAAAGAAGACCAACAACCCCCAGUUUGACGAAGUGUUUUACUUUGAGGUGACCAGGCCCUGCAGCUACAACCGCAAGUCCCACUUCGACUUCGAGGACGAGGACGUGAACAAGCUGGAAAUCCGGGUGGACCUCUGGAACGCCAGCAACCUGAAGUUUGGGGACGAGUUUCUGGGGGAGCUGAGGGUCCCGCUAAAGGUGCUGCGGCAGUCCAGCCCCCACGAGGCCUGGUACUUCCUUCAGCCCCGGGACAACGGCAGUAAGAGCCUGAAGCCGGAAGAUCUGGGGUCCCUGCGCUUGAACGUGGUUUACACAGAAGACCACGUCUUCUCCUCCGACUACUACAGCCCCCUGCGGGACCUGCUUCUGCGGUCGGCGGAUGUGGAGCCCGUCUCGGCGUCUGCGGCCCACAUCCUGGGCGAGGUCUGCAGGGAGAAGCAGGAGGCGGCCGUCCCGCUGGUGCGGCUCUUCCUGCACUACGGCCGCGUGGUGCCCUUCAUCAGUGCCAUCGCCAGCGCCGAGGUCCGGAGGACCCAGGACCCCAAUACCAUCUUCCGAGGAAACUCGCUAACGUCCAAGUGCAUUGACGAGACAAUGAAGCUGGCGGGCAUGCACUACCUGCACGUCACCCUGAAGCCCGCCAUAGAGGAGAUCUGCCAGAGUCACAAGUCCUGUGAGAUCGACCCUGUGAGGCUGAAGGACGGCGAGAGCCUGGAGAGCAACACGGAGAACCUGCGGCAGCACGUGGACCGCGUCUUCAGCGUCAUCACUAAGUCGGGGCUGAGCUGCCCUACCGUCAUGUGUGACAUCUUCUUCUCCCUGCGAGAAGCGGCCGCCAAGCGCUUCCAAGGCGACCUGGACGUGAGGUACACGGCCGUGAGCAGCUUCAUCUUCCUGAGGUUCUUCGCUCCAGCCAUCCUGUCCCCCAACCUCUUCCAGCUCACGCCCCACCACACGGACCCGCAGACGUCGAGGACGCUGACGCUUGUCUCAAAGACCAUUCAGACCCUCGGCAGCCUGUCCAAGUCCAAGUCUGCCAGUUUUAAGGAAUCCUACAUGGCCGCAUUCUAUGAAUUUUUCAACGAGCAGACGUACGCUGAUGCAGUGAAAAACUUCUUGGAUUUGAUCUCAUCCUCCGGGAGAAGAGACCCCAAGAGUGCGCGGCAGCCCAUCCUGCUUAAGGAAGGGUUCAUGAUUAAGAGGGCACAAGGGCGAAAACGCUUUGGGAUGAAGAAUUUUAAGAAAAGAUGGUUUCGCCUGACAAACCAUGAAUUUACUUACCAGAAAAGCAAAGGGGACCCGCCUCUCUACAGCAUCCCCAUCGAGAAUAUCCUGGCCGUGGAGCCGCUGGAGGAGGAGUCCUUCAAGAUGAAGAACAUGUUCCAGGUCAUCCAGCCCGAGCGGGCGCUGUACAUCCAGGCCAACAACUGCGUGGAGGCCAAGGCCUGGAUCGACAUCCUCACCAAGGUGAGCCAGUGCAACCAGAAGCGCCUGGCCGUCUACCACCCGUCCGCCUACCUGAACGGCCACUGGCUGUGCUGCAGGGCCUCCUCAGACACGGCCGCCGGCUGCUCCCCCUGCACCAGCGGCCUCCCAGCAAACAUCCAGCUGGACAUCGACGGGGACCGAGAGACUGAGCGCAUCUACUCUCUCUUCAGCUCGUACAUGAGCAAACUCGAGAAGAUGCAAGAGGCCUGUGGGAGCAGGUCUGUGUACGACGGCCCAGAGCGGGAGGAGUACCCCACGUUCAUCAUCGACGACCCCCAGGAGACCUACAGGACGCUGAAGCAGGUCGUCGCCGGGGUCGGGGCCCUGGAGCAGGAGCACGCCCAGUACAAAAGGGACAAGUUCAGGAAGACCAAGUACGGGAGCCAGGAGCACCCCAUCGGAGACAAGAGCUUCCAAAGCUACAUCAGGCAGCAGUCUGAGACCCCCGCCCAUUCCAUGUGAAGCCCGCGGGAGCCCCUGACGCGGGAUGGUGCGCCGAGCUGCGCCAGGAGAGCCCGUGUUCAGGAAGGAGAGAACACCAGACCAGAGGGCGGCUCCUCAGCUUGCAAGCCGGCAGGGGUCGAGCUUGUGAACUUCGGAGGCUCCCGGACCAUUUCCGGGUGGCUGUGCGCUUGAUCACGCCAGUGGCAGGCAGCCCGAGCUGGCCUUGCGGGAACAGGGUGCUAGCGACAUCGCGGCCUGUGGAGCGCGUGCCCUGUGCCGCGUGCACGUUUGUCUGCGGUCUGUGGCGCCCGCACCGGGGAGCCUUCUGGCACUAACGCUCUGCUUCGACUCAGCGGGGACGUUGUGAGCGUUAUUCUUUUUUUUUCCUAUGAGCCAGCAGUCUGGGUGGCCACCAGCACGAGGCCUCCUGGUUUCAGCUUUUGACGUUCGUGUCGGUCCUGGCCAGAGGGUCGGAACCGCACGGAGAUCCCAGUUUGAGGAUGCCCUCGCUCUUUGGGGACACGGGGUCCCUUUGCAGAGAGAUUUCCUCGGGGUCCCAGCCUUCACUCCCGAGGUGGGAGCCCCCCUGCCUGCUGCUGAUACGCGUCCACGGAGCCGCCACGUCAAGCAAAGUUGUGUUGUUUGCUGUCAGUGGGGCUAAAAGUAGAAUCCGCGUUUGCCAAUCGGGUGGGAGUUUGGGGAAGGUUGUAAAAAUAGAAAUGUGCAUUACUUUCAAGCUGUUUUUCUUAAUGUUUUUAAAGGACUGUUUUUAAUUAGCUCUUUGAUAUAAAGUAACUCAGAACAUCCAGGCCUCUACGUGCCUCCAUAGGACAGAAAAGGGAGUGGCUGUGUCUCACGGCAGCCAGGUAAAGGUCCCCGAGAGAAAACCGGGAGGGAGGCAGGGAGAAACGUGGGCCGGCGCCGAGAGGCUCGGGAGCGGACGCCGGGCCGGGGGCAGUGCUCGCUGUCUCUGAGGCCCUGGGCGCCGCCAGGGCUGCUGUGCUUUGGGGGUUGGGGGUCCUGACAAGCUUCUGCUGACUCCCCCGAAAGCCUCGGCUGCAGCCUGGCUUUGGAAAGGCCCUUUCAGACCCACAGGACCAGGUGCCACGUGCCCGUCUGUUGUUCAGACUCGAGAUCUAGAUGGCAGAUAGUAACAUGGCCUGUUGUCACCAAAAUGGUGGAGGAAAAUGUUGCAAAAAAAAAACAGCUCCGUAUACGCAGCUUUUAGGCUGCUCUAAACUGCAGUUUUUAAUAUGGAUUUGUAAUUUAAUGUUUCUAAGAUACUAAUGAUUUGUGAUGUAUUUUACUGGCCAAUUAAAACAGACCUUUUAUUCUUUCUGAGACUAGCUUGGUUUCACAUGGGCGCCCACUGAUGAUGCAUGCGUGGAGAUGGGGGUGUGU